CUGAUUAUAAUAAAAAUAAACCGCGUCACCCAGCAAAGAACUACAUCUCCCGUCAUGCUUUGGAACUAAGCGGAAGUGACGCUCCCGGGCGCCUUCUCACACAGUCACGGGAGUGGUGCAAUAGGUGCAGGAAAUCAUGGCUGCUGCUUCCUCUUUGAAUGUAGAUGCUCUCAGAGAAGUACUUGAGUGUCCCAUAUGUAUGGAGACAUACACAGAAGAACACAUGAGACCGAAGCUUUUGCAGUGUGGUCAUACAAUAUGUAAACAGUGCCUUGAAAAACUCCUAACCAGUAAUAUCAACGGAGUGCGCUGCCCUUUCUGUAGCCGGAUAACCCGCGUCACAAACCUGUCUCAGCUGACUGAUAACUUGACUAUCUUGAAGAUUAUUAAUACAUCAGACCUAGGUCAGGCUGUCACAGGAUUGAUGUGCAAGAUGUGCAAACGCCGGCUACCACGCAGCUACUGCAAGAACUGUGCUUUAGUUCUAUGUGAGAUGUGCCGAGAAGAAUCGCAUCCUGAUUCAGACCAUACUGUACUUUCAAUGACAGAUGCUGCAAAUGAGCGCCGCCACGUGUUACAGGAAAGGCUCGCCAGUCUGAGACAAUGUAUGCAGGACCUGGAAAAGAGAAAAGCCUCUCUGGACAACCUUUCCUCGCAUAUAAAGAACAAAUACAAAUUGGUUAUGCAAGAUUACAGCAAAGAGGAAUUUAAUGUGCAAGAGGAGCUAGCUCGAUCACGCAAACACUUUGCAGCAUCUUUAUGUGAGGUAGAAAAGUUAAACAACCAAUUGUUGGAUGAUCACUCAUACCUUCUAAACAUCUCUGAAGUACAGAUUGUGUCAAGGUGUGACUACCUAAUGCUAAAGAUAAAGCAGUCGGAUUCAGCUCUGAUGGAAGAGCUGGAGGAAGGAGAACCAAAGCUUGCUGCUAAUUUGCCACAAGAUCUCAUCUUGCAAGAUGUAGAGUUUCUCAAGGUGGGACAUGUUGGUCCUAUACAAGUAGGUCAAGUGGUCAAGAAACCAUACACUGUGAAUUUACAAGAGCCUACUGCAGAUGUGUUUCCAGUGGCUACAUACAAUGACACGGAGACACUGGGAGAAGUUGGGAAUGUUCAGCAUUGUGCAACACCUCCCAUCACUCAGCUCACAGAUGCUGCACGCACCUUGCAGCAAUGCCAGUUUCUGCGGAAGAUGGGCUCUAAGGGUAAUAUGCCAGGGAUGUUUAAUCUCCCGGUUAGCCUGCAUGUUACUGCACUGGGGGAAGUGCUUGUGGCUGACAGAGGUAACUGCAGAAUCCAGGUCUUCAACAGAAAAGGUUUUUUGAGAGAAAUCAGACGAAGCCCAACAGGCAUCGACACUUUUGUGCUCAGUUUUCUUGGCGCAGAUCUUCCCAACUUAAUUCCAUUAUCGGUAACUAUGAACUGCCAUGGACUGAUAGGUGUAACUGACAACUACGAUAACUCUGUGAAGGUAUAUACAAUGGAGGGACAUUGUAUUGCUUGUCACAGAAGCCAACUAAGCAAGCCGUGGGGAAUUGCAGCCAUGCCCACAGGUCAGUUUGUAGUAACUGAUGUGGAAGGAGGUAAGCUGUGGUGCCUGACUGUAGACCGCAGCCUUGGUGUUGUCAAAUACAGUCGACUUUGCAGUGCUGUGCGCCCAAAGUUUGUGGCUUGUGACCAGGAAGGAACUGUGUUCUUUACCCAAGGACUGGGUCUGAACCUGGAAAACCGUCAGUGUGAACAUAACCUUGAAGGUGGCUUUUCUAUUGGCUCUGUGGGAUCUGACGGUCAGCUAGGAAGACAAAUCAGCCACUUCUUCUCUGAGAAUGAGGACUUCCGUUGCAUUGCAGGGAUGUGUGUUGGGACUCGGGGAGAUUUGAUUGUUGCUGAUAGUGGACGUAAAGAAAUUCUUCAUUUUCCUAAAAGUGGGGGUUAUAGUGUCUUAAUAAAGGAGGGCUUGACAUGUCCUGUUGGAGUUUCUGUGACUCCAAAGGGACAGCUGUUGGUGCUGGAUUGUUGGGAUCAUUGUAUUAAAAUAUACAGUUAUAAUACACGCAGGUAUUCCUCACCUUAAGAAGAAAUUAUGUGAAUUAAUCUGUUUCAGCAUAUGCUACAUGCUGAAAGUCUUUCUAGUGAGAAUUUGCUAUAAGGCACUUUAAAAAGAAAUUAGCAAUCUAUGCACCACUCAACCUUUCCACAUUCACCGAUACCGAAAAGCUGAAAGGAAAUUGCACCAUACGAGCUACGGGAUUCAGAGAUUCAUACAGUAUCUCAAACCACUAAAAGUAAGGAAUUGGAUAGAGGCUUUCAAGCUCUAACAAUUGUAAAAUAAAAUCAAUAACCUUGUCUUUAUUAUAGGGAGUAUUGUUCAACUUUAUAUUCUACUUUUAUAAUAUCAUCUGGUAUUAUGUCUCUCAAUCCACUCCAUAUCGACUAAUACAGAAUCUUUUAAUAAAUGAGAGCAGAGAAGGAGUUGUUCUGAAACUUAUAUAGCGGUGGUGUGGCCUAUAUUGCAAGAAUAAAGAAAAUCUUUGCUA